AUGUUUCUCCUUUACACCGGGUGCGUCCUUCGAAGGGAUAUUAGGUUCGGGGUGUGCUCUAAAUUGAAUGGAGCGGGAGCUCGAACGCAACACUAUGGAAGCGUUCGAAGCGGCAGCACUUGGUGGCGCAAGUCGCUGUUACCACGAGGUCGGUAUCCGGUGUUCACCGGUUACGCUGCGGAACAGCAGCGAGCCCCGUCGAAGAGGUGCCUUUGUGAAUCGCUGGUCAUGGUGACGGACGUCGCUUCCACGUGGAUGGCAUUCGCUUGGGGAGCGGUGACUGGAAGUGCGCUCACGACACCCACAGUGGCGAACAGUGUGCAGGUUCCUGCGUUUGUUGCACCGCUUCGGGGCUUGCUCUCGCUGGUGUUCACCACGUACACAGUCUUGUUUCUGCUGAGAUUUGUGAUUCCGUGGUUUCCUCAGAUCAAUGCUGGGCGUCCGCCCUGGUCUAUCGUUGUGCUCGCUACCGAGGGACUGUUGCGGCCGACGCGUCGUAUCAUACCGCCGCAGGGUGGCGUCGAUAUCACACCGCUUGUGUGGCUGGCGCUUACGAGCCUCUCACAGGAGCUCUUGGUUGGAUCUCAAGGUAUCAUAACACUUUUAACUCGGUGA